UUAACGUUCGCUUAACGUACAAUAAUAGACCGUUGCAGUCUGCAAUUGAAAGAAUCUAGACAAAGAAAUAAAAGAGUCCAAGGGUAAAAACGUAACAAACGCAUACGUUAGGGAGAAAAUUGAAAUAAAUUAGGAGUUUAAGUAGGGCUAUUCAGAAACUUUUUAAGAUAUUACGGUAAAAACGUAAUAAAACAUAAAGAUCAGGGGCUUCCGACAAAAAUCUCUCGAUCCACUUACACUUCCACAAUGUCCGUUCGAAAAUAUGACCGUUGAAAGUAAUUAAAUUUUAAGAAAAUAAAAACAAAAUAACUUCUCUCUUCUUCUUCUUCAAUCUCUCUGUUCUUCCCAAAAAUAAAAACUUUCCUCAGUAAAAAAAAAACGAGACAGAGAGAGAGAAAUGGGUUGUGUUUCUUCGAAACUAGGAAAGAAGAAACUCAUAAGAGAGAUUAGAGUCAACAAUGGCGGCGAUCACAUUGUCUCACUUACUUCAACUACUUAUGGUCAUCUUGAUCUCGAUGAACGAGCAGAGACUUCUCCUAAGUCACUGGAAGUUACUAAAGGAGAGGUCUUUGAGUCUGAAAUCAAAGCAAGAAGAUCAAUACAGAGAGAUGAUCCGGAGAUUAUCAAUACAUGGGAGCUUAUGGAAGAUCUUGAAGAUUCAAUGCACGUUUCUAAUCCACAGAAGAUUAGUCCCAAAUCUCGUGGUAUUUUUGGUAAAUCAUGGAAGACUCCGGUGAAAUCGGUUGUUGAAUCUCCGAAGAGAGGAAGUAGUAAGAGAUUUGGAGGGAAAGAGAACAGAGGAGGUAAUAACUCGAGAGGUGUGAGUCCGAAUCAGAUUCUGAAGCCUAAGAACAUUCUUGAAACUCCGAAGAGAGGAGUGAUGCGUUUGAGUUUUCCUUUGAAAUCUGAAGAACCUUCGGUGGUGAUUACGCAGAGGAGGAAGAGUUAUAGUCCAAUGUUUGAUCCAGAUCUUGUGGCUUCUUACGAGAGAGAGUUGUCUCAAGAGCAAGAACAGAUCAAGAUGGUGAUUUCUCCGGUGGUGCAUGAGAGCAGAAAAACAGAGAAAACCCGAGAAUCGGAGAGAAUCCUUGAGAAGUUCCCUGAGAAAUGUCCACCAGGAGGAGAGAACUCUGUGGUUAUCUACAUAACGACUCUUAGAGGGAUAAGGAAGACGUUUGAGGAUUGCAAUGUGGUAAGAUCGAUAUUAGAUUCACACGAAGUUCGAUUCUCGGAGAGGGAUGUGUCGAUGCACUCGGUUUUUAAGGAAGAGAUCAGGGGCAUUAUGGGAACGAAACAUGUGAAGAUACCGGCGGUAUUCGUUAAAGGGAGGAUGUUAGGAAGUGUUGAGGAAGUUAUGAAGUUAGAGGAAGAGGGCAAAUUGGGGAUUUUACUUGAAGGUAUUCCCGCGGCGAGGCUAGGAGGCAGUUGCUGCCGUGGAUGUGGAGGAAUGAGAUUUGUGAUGUGUGUGGUUUGCGAUGGAAGCUGCAAGGUUAGGGGAGAAGACAAGAAGAGUAUGGUUAAGUGUUUGGAGUGUAAUGAGAAUGGUUUGGUUCUAUGUCCAAUUUGUUCUUGAAAAGGAAAAUUAUCUUUAUCUUUGUUCUGUUUUGCCCUAAUUUUAUUGGUUAAAUUGGGGAAAACUGGAAGAGUUUCUAAAGAUGUGUUUAGGGCUCUUGGUGUGUUACAGUUUAAUGGAGUUUGUUUCUGAUGUUUGUAAACCUUUUCAUUUUAUUAAGAUUCAAUUCAAUUCA